UCCGCCCGGCCGCCAUGCGGGAGACGGACCGCGAGGCCGUGGCCACGGCCGUGCAGCGGGUGGCCGGCAUGCUGCAGCGCCCCGACCAGCUGGACAAGGUGGAGCAGUACCGCCGCCGCGAGGCGCGCAAGAAGGCCUCGGUGGAGGCCCGGCUGAAGGCCGCCAUCCAGUCGCAGCUGGACGGGGUGCGCACGGGCCUGAGCCAGCUGCACAGCGCGCUGGGCGACGUCAAGGACAUCCAGCGCUCGCUGGCCGACGUCAGCACGGACUGGCGGCGGAGCAUCAACACCGUGGAGAGCCUGCGGGGCGUGAAGGACGCUGUGGUCCGGCACAGCCAGCUGGCCGCCGCCGUGGAGAACCUCAAGAGCAUCUUCUCAGUGCCUGAGAUUGUGAGGGAGACGCAGGAUCUCAUCGAGCAGGGGGCGCUGCUGCAGGCCCACCGCAAGCUGAUGGACCUGGAGUGCUCCCGGGAUGGGCUGAUGUGCGAGCAGUUCCGCAUGGACAGUGGGAACACGCGCGACAUGGCCCUCAUCCACAGCUAUUUCGGGAGCACGCAGGGGCUUUCGGAUGAGCUGGCCAAGCAGCUGUGGAUGGUGCUGCAGCGGGCCCUGGUCACUGUCCGGCGUGACCCCACCCUGCUGGUCUCUGUGGUCAGGAUCAUUGAAAGGGAAGAAAAAAUUGACAGACGCAUUCUUGAUCGAAAAAAGCAGACGGGCUUUGUACCCCCCGGGCGGCCCAAAAGCUGGAAGGAGAAGAUGUUUGCCAUCCUGGACAAAACCGUGACGACCAGGAUUGAGGGCACGCAGGCGGACACCAGGGAAUCCGACAAGAUGUGGCUCGUCCGACACUUGGAGAUCAUCAGGAAGUACGUCCUGGACGACCUCGUCGUGGCCAAAACCCUGAUGGUGCAGUGCUUCCCACCCCACUACGAGAUCCUGGGCGCCCUCCUGCACAUGUACCAGCAGGCUCUGCGCGCCCGCAUGCAGGAGCUGGCGGCCGAGGACCUGGAGGCCAGCGAGAUAGUGAGCUUGCUGACCUGGGUCCUCAACACCUACACCAGCACAGAGAUGAUGGGGAACGUGGAGCUGGCCCCAGAGGUGGACGUCGGUACCCUGGAGCCUCUGCUUGCCCCCAACGUGAUCUCGAAGCUGCUGGACACGUACAUGUCGACACUCACUUCCAACAUCAUCGCCUGGCUGAGGAAAGCGCUAGAAACGGACAAGAAAGACUGGGUCAGAGAGACGGAGCCGGAAGCCGACCAGGAUGGGUACUACCAGACCACGCUCCCCGCCAUCGUGUUCCAGAUGUUUGAACAGAACCUUCAAGUGGCUGCUCAGAUAAGUGAAGAUUUGAAAACGAAGGUGCUGGUUUUGUGCCUGCAGCAGAUGAAUUCGUUCUUAAAUAGGUACAAAGAGGAGGCUCAGGCAUACAAGGAGGAGCACCUGCGGAACCGCCAGCACCCGCCCUGCUACGUGCAGUACAUGGUCGCCAUCAUCAACAACUGCCAGACCUUCCAGGAGUCCAUAGUCAGCUUGAAGAGGAAGCACCUCAAGCAGGAUGUGGAAGAGGGCGCGGCCCUGGGCCAGCUCAGCAUGGACGGGGUUCUGGACGCCAUCGCCACGGAGGGCUGCGGCGGCCUGCUGGAGGAGGUCUUCUUGGACUUGGAGCAACAUCUCAACGAGCUGAUGACGAAGAAGUGGCUGUCGGGCUCCAACGCUGUGGACAUCAUCUGCGUCACCGUGGAGGACUACUUCAACGACUUCGCCAGGAUCAAGAAGCCGUAUAAGAAGCGCCUGACAGCUGAGGCGCACCGGCGCGUGGUGGUGGAGUACCUGCGGGCCCUGCUGCUGAAGCGCAUCUCCUUCCGGGGCGCCGAGGAACGCAAGGAGGGCGCCGAGCGGAUGGUCCGUGAGGCCGAGCAGCUCCGCUUCCUAUUCCGCAGGCUGGCUUCGGGCUCUGGCGAGGAUGCAGGCGAACACUGCGACACGAUUGUGGCCGUCGCUGAGGUCAUCAAGCUGACUGACCCUUCUCUGCUGUACCUGGAGGUCUCAACUCUGGUCAGCAAGUACCCCGACAUCAGGGACGAGCAUGUGGGGGCGCUGCUGGCCGUGCGCGGCGACACCAGCCGGGACAUGAAGCAGACCAUCCUCGAGUCACUGGACCAGGGCUCGGCGCAGGCCAGCCCCGACUACGUGCCCCUCUUCAAGGACAUCGCUGUCCCCAGCCUGAACGUGCCCAAGCUCCUCAAGUAGCUGUGCCUGCAGCCGCCCGGGAAGUGGACACUGACCAGUGCCUCGGACACCGCUGCCCAGCGUGCCUGCGUCUGCAGAGCCGAGACUCGGGGAGGCCCCGCUGCAGUGGCCCUGCGGAGCCUGGGGCCUCAGCCAUCAGGAAGCCUCCCCUCAGCCAUGGUCAGCAGCAGGAGCCUUGGGCUUUCUGAAGCGGCAGGGGACCCCGACUUCAUGACCGUUGCCCCGUUUGCACUGUUCCCCCUCCUCCCCAGCAAGUCAGUGGAGAGCGGCCCCUGGAAUAAACAGGGGCCCUGUGCCUGCACCUGUGUCUUCCUGGCGCGGCUCCUCAGAGUCCCCUUCUCGGGACGUUGCCAGGGUCGGGGGCCCCUUUCGUGCUGGGCACUUCCUGGACCCGGAAAGCAGGGGUGAGAGUGCAUCAGAGAGGGAACCCCAGACAGCCUGAGGUCACGGAGGCCUCUGUCCAGAAGGGUUCCCCAGGGUGGUUGGAGGCUCCUGGGCUGCCUGGCAGGCACCCACUCCCGGGACAUGACUUGGCUGGGUGGCC